AUGGAUUAUCCCAAAAAAUAUGCGCGCACUACACAGGUAAAGUAGAGCAUGAGAUAUGCGCACACUGAGCCACACUUUUUAGAACACCUCAGGUAAGUAGUGCUCUUUAGAACACCUCACGUAAGUAGUGCUCUUUAGAACACCACAGGUAUGUAGUGCUCUUUAGAACACAUCAGGUAAGUAGUGCUCUUUAGAACACCUCAGGUAAGUAGUGCUCUUUAGAACACCACAGGUAAGUAGUGCUCUUUAGAACACCUCAGGUAAGUAGUGCUCUCUAGAACACCUCAGGUAAGUAGUGCUCUUUAGAACACCUCAGGUAAGUAGUGCUCUCUAGAACACCUCAUGUAAGUAGUGCUCUUUAGAACACCUCAGGUAAGUAGUGCUCUAUAGAACACCUCAGGUAAGUAGUGCUCUCUAGAACACCUCAGGUAAGUAGUGCUCUCUAGAACACCUCACGGAAGUAGUGCUCUCUAGAACACCUCAUGUAAGUAGUGCUCUUUAGAACACCUCAGGUAAGUAGUGCUCUCUAGAACACCUCAGGUAAGUAGUGCUCUUUAGAACACCUCAGGUAAGUAGUGCUCUUUAGAACACCUCAGGUAAGUAGUGCUCUCUAGAACACCUCAGGUAAGUAGUGCUCUCUAGAACACCUCACGGAGGUAGUGCUCUCUAGAACACCUCAGGUAAGUAGUGCUCUUUAGAACACCUCAGGUAAGUAGUGCUCCUUAGAACACCUCAGGUAAGUAUUGCUCUUUGGAACACCUCAGGUAAGUAGUGCUCUUUGGAACAUCUCAUGUAAGUAGUGCUCUUUGGAACACAUCAGGUAAGUAGUGCUCUUUAGAACACCUCAGGUAAGUAGUGCUCUUUGGAACACAUCAGGUAAGUAGUGCUCUUUAGAACACCUCAGGUAAGUAGUGCUCUCUAGAACACCUCAGGUAAGUAGUGCUCUCUAGAACACCUCAGGUAAGUAGUGCUCUCUAGAACACCUCAGGUAAGUAGUGCUCUUUAGAACACCUCAGGUAAGUAGUGCUCUUUAGAACACCUCAGGUAAGUAGUGCUCUUUAGAACACCUCAGGUAAGUAGUGCUCUUUAGAACACCUCGGGUAAGUAGUGCUCUUUAGAACACCUCAGGUAAGUAGUGCUCUUUAGAACACCUCAGGUAAGUAGUGCUCUCUAGAACACCUCAGGUAAGUAGUGCUCUUUAGAACACCUCAGGUAAGUAGUGCUCUUUAGAACACCUCAGGUAAGUAGUGCUCUUUAGAACACCUCAGGUAAGUAGUGCUCUUUAGAACACCUCAGGUAAGUAGUGCUCUCUAGAACACCUCAGGUAAGUAGUGCUCUCUAGAACACCUCAGGUAAGUAGUGCUCUCUAGAACACCUCAGGUAAGUAGUGCUCUUUAGAACACCUCAGGUAAGUAGUGCUCUUUAGAACACCUCAGGUAAGUAGUGCUCUUUAGAACACAUCAGGUAAGUAGUGCUCUCUAGAACACAUCAGGUAAGUAGUGCUCUUUAGAACACCUCAGGUAAGUAGUGCUCUUUAGAACACCUCAGGUAAGUAGUGCUCUUUAGAACACCUCAGGUAAGUAGUGCUCUCUAGAACACCUCAGGUAAGUAGUGCUCGUUAGAACACCUCAGGUAAGUAGUGCUCUUUAGAACACCUCAGGUAAGUAGUGCUCUUUAGAACACCUCAGGUAAGUAGUGCUCUCUAGAACACCUCAUGUAAGUAGUGCUCUUUAGAACACCUCACGUAAGUAGUGCUCUCUAGAACACCUCAGGUAAGUAGUGCUCUUUAGAACACCUCAGGUAAGUAGUGCUCUUUAGAACACCUCAUGUAAGUAGUGCUCUUUAGAACACCUCACGUAAGUAGUGCUCUUUAGAACAACUCACGUAAGUAGUGCUCUCUAGAACACCUCAGGUAAGUAGUGCUCUUUAGAAUACCUCAUGUAAGUAGUGCUCUUUAGAACACCUCACGUAAGUAGUGCUCUCUAGAACACCUCAGGUAAGUAGUGCUCUUUAGAACACCUCAGGUAAGUAGUGCUCUUUAGAACACCUCAUGUAAGUAGUGCUCUUUAGAACACCUCACGUAAGUAGUGCUCUCUAGAACACCUCAGGUAAGUAGUGCUCUUUAGAACACCUCACAUAAGUAGUGCUCUUUAGAACACCUCACGUAAGUAGUGCUCUCUAGAACACCUCACGUACGACUCUCAAGCUGGUGAGUUGUUGUAUAAAUGUUACAAACUAAAUAGUAGUUUUGUAGGCGAAAUAAGCAAUGUAAUGGCUUGAUCUAAUCUGAGCUCUCAUCUGAACAUGAAUAAAAAGGCAACUUCAAUUUCAGGAGACAGGGCAAGAUGGGCCUAACAAUGAUCACUGCAGGGAAUGCAUUCUAAGGGAUGACAGUGGGCAGCAGUGUUUCUAAGGGAUGACAGUGCGCAGCAGUGUUUCUAAGGGAUGACAGUGUGCAGCAGUGUUUCUAAGGGAUGACAGUGCGCAGCAGUGUUUCUAAGGGAUGACAGUGUGCAGCAGUGUUUCUAAGGGAUGAUAGUAUGCAGCAGUGUUUCUAAGGGAUGACAGUGUGCAGCAGUGUUUCUUAGGGAUGACAAUGUGCAGCAGUGUUUCUAAGGGAUGACAGUGUGCAGCAGUGUUUCUAAGGGAUGACAGUGGGCAGCAGUGUUUCUAAGGGAUGACAGUGCGCAGCAGUGUUUCUAAGGGAUGACAGUGUGCAGCAGUGUUUCUAAGGGAUGACAGUGUGCAGCAGUGUUUCUAAGGGAUGACAGUGGGCAGCAGUGUUUCUAAGGGAUGACAGUGCGCAGCAGUGUUUCUAAGGGAUGACAGUGUGCAGCAGUGUUUCUAAGGGAUGACAGUGUGCAGCAGUGUUUCUAAGGGAUGACAGUAUGAAGCAGUGUUUCUAAGGGAUGACAGUGUGCAGCAGUGUUUCUAAGGGAUGACAGUGUGCAGCAGUGUUUCUAAGGGAUGACAGUGUGCAGCAGUGUUUCUAAGGGAUGACAGUGUGCAGCAGUGUUUCUAAGGGAUGACAGUGUGCAGCAGUGUUUCUAAGGGAUGACAGUGUGCAGCAGUGUUUCUAAGGGAUGACAGUGUGCAGCAGUGUUUCUAAGGGAUGACAGUGCGCAGCAGUGUUUCUAAGGGAUGACAGUGUGCAGCAGUGUUUCUAAGGGAUGACAGUGUGCAGCAGUGUUUCUAAGGGAUGACAGUGUGCAGCAGUGUUUCUAAGGGAUGACAGUGUGCAGCAGUGUUUCUAAGGGAUGACAGUGUGCAGCAGUGUUCCUUAGGGAUGACAAUGUGUAGCAGUGUUUCUAAGGGAUGACAGUGUGCAGCAGUGUUUCUUAGGGAUGACAAUGUGCAGCAGUGUUUCUAAGGGAUGACAGUGUGCAGCAGUGUUUCUAAGGGAUGACAGUGUGCAGCAGUGUUUCUAAGGGAUGACAGUGUGCAGCAGUGUUUCUAAGGGAUGACAUUGUGCAGCAGUGUUUCUAAGGGAUGACAGUAUGCAGCAGUGUUUCUAAGGGAUGACAGUGUGCAGCAGUGUUUCUAAGGGAUGACAGUGCGCAGCAGUGUUUCUAAGGGAUGACAGUGUGCAGCAGUGUUUCUAAGGGAUGACAGUGCGCAGCAGUGUUUCUAAGGGAUGACAGUGCGCAGCAGUGUUUCUAAGGGAUGACAGUGUGCAGCAGUGUUUCUAAGGGAUGACAGUGUGCAGCAGUGUUCCUUAGGGAUGACAAUGUGCAGCAGUGUUUCUAAGGGAUGACAGUGUGCAGCAGUGUUUCUUAGGGAUGACAAUGUGCAGCAGUGUUUCUAAGGGAUGACAGUGUGCAGCAGUGUUUCUAAGGGAUGACAGUGUGCAGCAGUGUUUCUAAGGAUGACAGUGUGCAGCAGUGUUUCUAAGGGAUGACAGUGUGCAGCAGUGUUUUCUAAGGGAUGACAGUGUGCAGCAGUGUUUCUAAGGGAUGACAGUGUGCAGCAGUGUUUAAGGGAUGACAGUUUGCAGCAGUGUUUCUAAGGGAUGACAGUGUGCAGCAGUGUUUCUAAGGGAUGACAGUGUGCAGCAGUGUUUCUAAGGGAUGACAGUGUGCAGCAGUGUUUCUAAUGGAUGACAGUGUGCAGCAGUGUUUCUAAGGGAUGACAGUGUGCAGCAGUGUUUCUAAGGGAUGGACAGUGCGCAGCAGUGUUUCUAAUGGAUGACAGUGUGCAGCAGUGUUUCUAAGGGAUGACAGUGUGCAGCAGUGUUUUCUAAGGGAUGACAGUGGGCAGCAGUGUUUUCUAAGGGAUGACAGUGUGCAGCAGUGUUUCCUAAGGGAUGACAGUGUGCAGCAGUGUUUCUAAGGGAUGACAGGGUGCAGCAGUGUUUCUAAGGGAUGACGUGUGCAGCAGUGUUUCUAAGGGAUGACAGUGUGCAGCAGUGUUUCUAAGGGAUGACAGUGUGCAGCAGUGUUUCUAAGGGAUGACAGUGUGCAGCAGUGUUUCUAAGGGAUGACAGUGCGCAGCAGUGUUUCUAAUUGAUGACAGUGUGCAGCAGUGUUCCUAAGGGAUGACAGUGUGCAGCAGUGUUUCUAAGGGAUGACAGUGUGCAGCAGUGUUUCUAAGGGAUGACAGUGUACAGCAGUGUUUCUAAGGGAUGACAGUGUGCAGCAGUGUUUCUAAGGGAUGACAGUGUGCAUUGUCGCCACAUUUUGUAAACAUUAUGGAUUGUUGCUUUCAUCCUACAGAAAGCCAGGAGACAUCAACCAUUGUUAUGACAUUUCCUGUUGCAGGCAAGAGGAAAAUCUAAGGCCUUUUCUACAAAGACAACCACUGUUUGUACCCUAGCUGAGCAGAUUCAGCAUUCUGUCGAAGAGGACAACCAUUCACAAUCUCUGUUUGAUAGACAAGAUUUUAUUAAAUUUUUUCUUGAUUUCCUUUUCUAGGCUGUAUGUCCAGGAUUCCCCACAGUCAGUGAAAAGAUGCCCCUGGAUAAAAACAAAACAGCAGCUUUUAGAUCAGGGACCCCAAAAAUCGGAGGGGGCACAAGUUAGCUGAGGAUGGCUGGGGGGUGGUCCAGAGGGGGGCUAGGCCCGUAAAUUUGAGAAUAUUUGAAAACCUGAAACAGCGUAUUUUUUCAAUCUAGAGCCAUUAUGAUUAUGGUCCUCUGUAGCUCAAUUGGUAGAGCAUGGUGCUUGUAACGCCAGGGUAGUGGGUUCGAUCCCCGGGACCACCCAUAUGUAAAAAUGUAUGCACACAUGACUGUAAGUCGCUUUGGAUAAAAGCGUCUGCUAAAUGGCAUAUUAUUAUUAUUAUUCAAUGUAAAAAAAUAAUAAAAAAAAAUAACUUGUGGUUCUGUUUUCCCUCUUUUUUUUUUUUUAAGAAACAAAAUAUGCUUCUCUGCAUCUCUGCUAAAAUCUGGGUAAAAGAUUGAAAGGAAUGUGAGUCUUUUUCACUGCAUUUAGUUAUUACUUGCUUUUCUAAAGUCGACCAACCUUGCCAGCUGGCACACCAGCUAAGAUAGUUUGACAAGCUAGCUACUCUAACUUUGAUUGAUAGCCUGAAAUGGCUUCUUGGAAGCUAGUUAUGAGGUUGGGAUAUUGGGAACCUAUCUGGGCUAGCUAAAGCUAACUUCGUAAAAUUGCUAGGUGGCUAGUAGUUUUACAGAGAAGAAAAAACAUAAAAUCAGAGAGGGCAUGUGCCCCCUAUGGGCAUGAGGCCUCUGGCAGCGAUCUCUGACAUUCAGUUAAUCUCUGGAGUUUUUAGAAACAGACCUAUUCCCUUUAGAGAGCUUCAUUAAAAAGUCAUUCCGCAAAGCACUUGUAGCAUAAAAGGGCAAGGAAUUCACUCAUCGUUGGAACAAAUGCUCAGAGGAUCUGUGAACUGUUUGAGUGGCAUUUGAUAGCUGUGUUUUCUUUAACCACUUAAAUGUAGGGUCCCCUAAAUAGGGGACCGUCAAUAAAAAUUGUAUUCAAUGUCAUCUAAAGUGAGAACGGUAGCCCCAAUCCAUAAAUACAGGUUGUCUCCUAAAAAAUGGAGAUCUUGGCUUUCCAGCCGUAUCAUACAAUCUUCGGCGGGACUUAGUACCAUAUAUGGGCAUACAGCCAUAAAAGGGCAGAUCACUCCCAUGAGCCCAUUUCAAGAUGGCUGUGACUCAAGGUCUGUUAGUGUGGAGAAGCUAAAAACUACUAUAAAUGCAACAUGUAAAGUGUUGGUCCCAUGUUUCAUGAGCUGAAAUAAAAGAUCCAAAAAAUUUUCCAUACGCACAAUAAGCUUAUUUCUCUAAAAUGUUGAGAACAAAUUUGUUUACAUCCCUGUUAGUGAUAAUCCACCUGCCAGGUGUGGCAUGUAAAGAAGCUGAUUAAACAGCAUGAUCAUUACACAGGUGCACCUUGUGCUGGGGACAAUAAAAGGCCACUCUAAAAUGUGCAGUUUUGUCACACAACACAAUGCCACAGAUGUCUAAGGUUUUGAGGGAGUGUGCAAUUGGCAUGCUGACUGCAGGAAUGUCCACCAGAGCUGUUGCCUGAUAAUUCAAUGUUAAUUUCUCUACCAUAAGCUGCCUCCAACGUCGUUUUAGAGAAUUUGGCAGUACGUCCAACCGGCCUCACAACCGCAGACCGUGUAUGGUGUUGUGUGGGCGAGCCGUUUGCUGAUGUCAACGUUGUGAACAGAGUGCCCCAUGGUGAUGGUGGGGUUAUAGUAUGGGCAGGCAUAAGCUACGGAUAAUGAACACAAUUGCAUUUUAUCAAUGGCAAUUUGAAUGCAGAGAGAUAUCGUGACGAGAUCCUGAGGCCCAUUGUCGUGCCAUUCAUCCGCCGCCAUCACCUCAUGUUUCAGCAUGAUAAUGCAUGGCCCCCAUGUCGCAAGGAUCUGUACACAAUUCCUGGAAGUUGAAAAUGUCCCAGUUCUUCCAUGGCCUGCAUACUCACCAGACAUUUCACCCAUUGAGCACGUUUGGGAUGCUCUGGAUAGAUACAGUGGAGGGAAAAAGUAUUUAGUCAGCCACCAAUUGUGCAAGUUCUCCCACUUAAAAAGAUGAGAGAGGCCUGUAAUUUUCAUCAUAGGUACACGUCAACUAUGACAGACAAAAUGAGAAAAAAAAUUCCUGAAAAUCACAUUGUAGGAUUUUUAAUGAAUUUAUUUGCAAAUUAUGGUGGAAAAUAAGUAUUUGGUCAUUAACAAAAGUUUCUCAACACUCUGUUAUAUACCCUUUAUUGGCAAUGACACAGGUCAAACGUUUUCUGUAAGUCUUCACAAGGUUUUCACACACUGUUGCUGGUAUUUUGGCCCAUUCCUCCAUGCAAAUCUCCUCUAAAGCAGUGAUGUUUUGGGGCUGUCGCUGGGCAACACAGACUUUCAACUCCCUCCAAAGAUGUUCUAUGGGGUUGAGAUCUGGAGACUGGCUAGGCCACUCCAGGACCUUGAAAUGCUUCUUACGAAGCCACUCCUUCAUUGCCCGGGCGGUGUGUUUGGGAUCAUUGUCAUGCUGAAAGACCCAGCCACGUUUCAUCUUCAAUGCCCUUGCUGAUGGAAGGAGGUUUUCACUCAAAAUCUCACGAUACAUGGCCCCAUUCAUUCUUUCCUUUACACGGAUCAGUCGUCCUGGUCCCUUUGCAGAAAAACAGCCCCAAAGCAUGAUGUUUCCACCCCCAUGCUUCACAGUAGGUAUGGUGUUCUUUGGAUGCAACUCAGCAUUAUUUGUCCUCCAAACACGACGAGUUGAGUUUUUACCAAAAAGUUCUAUUUUGGUUUCAUCUGACCAUAUGACAUUCUCCCAAUCCUCUUCUGGAUCAUCUAAAUGCACUCUAGCAAACUUCAGACGGGCCUGGACAUGUACUGGCUUAAGCAGGGGGACACGUCUGGCACUGCAGGAUUUCAGUCCCUGGCGGCGUAGUGUGUUACUGAUGGUAGGCUUCGUUACUUUGGUCCCAGCUCUCUGCAGGUCAUUCACUAGGUCCCCCCGUGUGGUUCUGGGAUUUUUGCUCACCGUUCUUGUGAUCAUUUUGACCCCACGGGGUGAGAUCUUGCGUGGAGCCCCAGAUCGAGGGAGAUUAUCAGUGGUCUUGUAUGUCUUCCAUUUCCUAAUAAUUGCUCCCACAGUUGAUUUCUUCAAACCAAGCUGCUUACCUAUUGCAGAUUCAGUCUUCCCAGCCUGGUGCAGGUCUACAAUUUUGUUUCUGGUGUCCUUUGACAGCUCUUUGGUCUUGGCCAUAGUGGAGUUUGGAGUGUGACUGUUUGAGGUUGUGGACAGGUGUCUUUUAUACUGAUAACAAGUGCAAACAGGUGCCAUUAAUACAGGUAACGAUUGGAGGAUAGAGGAGCCUCUUAAAGAAGAAGUUACAGGUCUGUGAGAGCCAGAAAUCUUGCUUGUUUGUAGGUGACCAAAUACUUAUUUUCCACCAUAAUUUGCAAAUAAAUUCAUUAAAUUUCAAAAUUCAAAAAAUCUCAAUUUGUCUGUCAUAGUUGACGUGUACCUAUGAUGAAAAUUACAGGCCUCUCUCAUCUUUUUAAGUGGGAGAACUUGCACAAUUGGUGGCUGACUAAAUACUUUUUUCCCCCACUGUAUGUACGACAGCGUGUUCCAGUUCCCGCCAAUAUCCAGCAACUUAGCACAUCCCAUUGAAGAGGAGUGGGAAAACAUUCCACAGGCUACAAUCAACAGCCUGAUCAACUCUAUGCGAAGGAGAUGUGUCGCGCUGCAUGAGGCAAAUAGUGGUCACACCAGAUACUGACUGGUUUUCUGAUCCACGCCCCUACCUUUUUCUUUUCAAGGUAUCUGUGAUCAACAGAUGCAUACCUAUAUUCCCAGUCAUGUGAAAUCCAUAGAUUAAGGCCUAAUGAAUUUAUUUCAAUUGACUGAUUUCCUGAUACAUGUAUGUACUGUAACUCAGUAAAAUCUUUGUAAUUGUUGCGUGUUGCGUUUUAUAUUUCUGUUCAGUUCAUAUAAAUAUAGAAAAACGUUGAUAUGUGGUGAAAGGGAAGACUCCACAGAUGAUAAGGAUAUGUGUUAUUACUCGGCCUGUGACCUGCCAUUAUCGAUUCACAGCCCAGAGAGUCAAGAAGUUAAUUUUAUACUUGAAUCUUUAGGUUCGUAGCCUACUGUCAAUGUUCUCUGAUAACAUAUGACUGAAUUAGAACAUCAAAUGUCUACCCAAAUGCGACAUCUUUAUGCCGUUUUUAUCUUUAGACCUGUGGUUUAGGGUUAGACUGGGAGCGGGCAAAAUGAUGAAAGAUGGACAGUUGUGUUGCCAAAGCUUUACAGUCAGAUCAGAUGACCUGGGUGGGACGGUGUAGGACCUGAGUAGGGCUUUUGCGUAAUGUUGCCCAUUUGCUACUGGCAUUGAGAAAGGAUACACUCAGAACACACAGAGCGCAUCGUAGUAUUUUGCAUCAUAGUAUUUUGCAUCAUAGUAUUUUGCAUCAUAGUAUUUUGCAUCAUAGUAUUUUGAACGGAUUCUUUAAUCACUUUGGCUUAAAAAUUGCUUGUAAUAAGAAAAACCAAGCAAACUACCCAACAAGGGGGUAAAAAGAUGACAAAAGGUGAGAACGAGUCUUUGGAGGAAAUGCAGACACAGAUGCUGGGAGUGAUCUUGGUCCAAGAUGACUCGGGCGGAGAAAAAAUGUUUUCCAGAACAAUUAGAUUCCGUUUUAGAUCUGUAAGUAAAUUAUUUUGUAGUAAACUUUCUAUAGUUUACUUAGUAUGUCUUAUAUAGUUGUGGUCUGCUUCUUUGUGUUUUGUAUUACCAGUAUAGCGGUGUCCUGUCCUGUCUAUCAGGUGUCCUGUCCUGUCUAACAGGGGUCCUGUCCUGUCCUGUCUAACAGGGGUCCUGUCUAUCAGGUGUCCUGUCCUGUCUGUCAGGUGUCCUGUCUAUCAGGUGUCCUGUCCUGUCUAUCAGGUGUCCUGUCUAUCAGGUGUCCUGUCUAUCAGGUGUCCUGUCCUGUCUAUCAGGGGUCCUGUCUAUCAGGUGUCCUGUCUAUCAGGUGUCCUGUCUAUCAGGUGUCCUGUCUAUCAGGUGUCCUGUCUAUCAGGUGUCCUGUCUAUCAGGUGUCCUGUCUAUCAGGUGUCCUGUCUAUCAGGUGUCCUGUCUAUCAGGUGUCCUGUCCUGUCUAACAGGUGUCCUGUCUAUCAGGUGUCCUGUCCUGUCUAACAGGUGUCCUGUCUAACAGGUGUCCUGUCUAUCAGGUGUCCUGUCCUGUCUAUCAGGUGUCCUGUCUAUCAGGUGUCCUGUCCUGUCUAUCAGGUGUCCUGUCCUGUCCUGUCUAUCAGGUGUCCUGUCUAUCAGGUGUCCUGUCCUGUCUAUCAGGUGUCCUGUCCUGUCUAUCAGGUGUCCUGUCUGUCAGGUGUCCUGUCCUGUCUAUCAGGUGUCCUGUCUAUCAGGUGUCCUGUCCUGCGUAGCCGACAUCCUGUCUGUUAUUCCACAGUAGUUACAUAUUAUUAUGUUAUUAUCAUUAUAUUGUAUAUAUUGUAUAUAUUGUAUAUAUUUCACAUUAGUUUGCUGUAAAAGUUGUAUAUAUUCUGUGCAACUUUGGAGAGGCCACCAAAUUCUCAUGGCCAUUUUGACUUUGUCUCUGAAGGUAGGCUACCUGUGUCCCACUGUUUUUAUUGUAUAGGGUAGUAUAUUGGUUUUACAUUCCAGUAAUGUUGUUUUGUCACAGUGUUUGUGUUUUGGACUGCAUGUGUAGCUUACACCCAAUGUUCCCUCAAAAGAAAUUCGGCACUAAACAAAUUUUAGGUCUGCUGAGUGCAAACUUGAACAUUGUGAAAAUCCUGUGCAACUUCCAGCUGUAACGACAGACGCUGGGAGACGGGGGUGAGGAUUUAAUAAUAAAAUAGACAAGAAACGAAGCGAGAACAGCGUCUGGAGGAGAGAAACAAAACAACACCGAUGCCGACACGGGGCUAAAACAGAGGAGCAGACAGCUGCAGGGGAGGUAAUAAAGCAGUGGUGAGUCCAAUGAAGCGCUGAUCAGCGUAACGAUGGUGACAGGUUAGCGUAAUGAUGGGCAGCCUGGCGCCCUCGAGCGCCAGGGAGGGGGAGCGGGGGCAGGUGUGACACCAACGUGCGUUUACUGUGAACACUGAGGCUGUACCCGCUUUAAGUUACAGUUUUAACAGUGGCCAAGUAGGCCUACCAGAGUGGCCUACCAUCAAAAACAAUGGAGAAAAUGCAUCCCAUAAUAGUUAUAUCGUUCAGCCUAGAGUCCAUGAGACUGGUCACCUCUCCUCCCGUUGCUCCCCUCCGGCGCUCUGAUUCGCCGGUCUACUGAGCCACCGGUCUGAGCGCACCACCUCGGCAACACCGGAAUGGAAACUUAACGCACCCUGAUCACCUCCAGCGCACCUGCACCUCAUCAUCUCAUCACCAGCCCUAUAUAGCCCAGGACUGUUCAGUGUUGUGUUGUGUGUGAUUGUUAGUGUCAUGUCGUGUUGUUCUCUUGCUCAGUGUUAAGUAAACCUUUACAUUGUUGAUUUCUGAGUCCUGCCUCUUCGUAUCCUCAGUACUCGUCACAAAAAAAAAACAUUUAAGGCUUGACAUUAACCUGUUUAUCCACUUGUCCUUCAGACAAGGAGGUAACUGAAAAUAUUGUUGUUGUGUUUGAUGCAAGAAACCGCUUUACAAAAUAAAAUGCAUUACCAUUAUUAUCCUCUGCCUAUUGGCUACUAUUGGCUGAGCGGCAGUCCCGUUGAGCCGAGCGGCAGUCCCGUUGAGCCGAGCGGCAGUCCCGUUGAGCCGAGCGGCAGUCCCGUUGAGCUGAGCGGCAGUCCCGUUGAGCUGAGCGGCAGUCCCGUUGAGCUGUGUGGCAGUCUCGGGGAGCUGAGCGGCAGUCUCGGGGAGCUGAGCGGCAGUCUCGGGGAGCUGAGCGGCAGUCUCGGGGAGCUGAGCGGCAGUCCCGUUGAGCUGAGCGGCAGUCCCGUUGAGCUGAGCAGCAGUCUCGGGGAGCUGAGCGGCAGUCCCGUUGAGCUGAGCGGCAGUCCCGUUGAGCUGUGCGGCAGUCUCGGGGAGCUGAGCGGCAGUCUCGGGGAGCUGAGCGGCAGUCCCGUUGAGCUGAGCGGCAGUCUCGGGAAGCUGAGCGGCAGUCUCGGGGAGCUGAGCGGCAGUCUCGGGGAGCUGUGCGGCAGUCUCGGGGAGCUGAGCGGCAGUCUCGGGGAGCUGAGCGGCAGUCCCGUUGAGCUGAGCGGCAGUCUCGGGGAGCUGAGCGGCAGUCCCGUUGAGCUGAGCGGCAGUCUCGGGGAGCUGAGCGGCAGUCCCGUUGAGCUGAGCGGCAGUCCCGUUGAGCUGUGCGGCAGUCUCGGGGAGCUGAGCGGCAGUCUCGGGGAGCUGAGCGGCAGUCCCGUUGAGCUGAGCGGCAGUCUCGGGGAGCUGAGCGGCAGUCUCGGGGAGCUGAGCGGCAGUCUCGGGGAGCUGUGCGGCAGUCUCGGGGAGCUGAGCGGCAGUCUCGGGGAGCUGAGCGGCAGUCCCGUUGAGCUGAGCGGCAGUCUCGGGGAGCUGAGCGGCAGUCCCGUUGAGCUGAGCGGCAGUCCCAUUGAGCUGAGCGGCAGUAUCGGGGAGCCGAGCGGCAGUCCUGAUGGAGCUGUUCACAGUUUAGAGGGAACAUUGCUUACACUAGUAUAGGCCUAUGUAACUGUGUCCUGUUUGUGCAAAUUUUUCAAAUUAGUUUUCCACUGGGAGGUAUAAGCAUGGGUGAGCAACAAUAACACAUUAUUUCUACAAAAAUACUCCUCAGCAACCCCCCCUGCGUACACCAGGAGGCCAUCAACCUCCUGUGGCCAUUCCUCCUUGGUCUCUAAUGUAUCCCACUGUCUGCAUCAUGUGUGUGUGUUUCAUAUCUCAGUGUGUGUGUGUGUGUGUGUGUGUUUGUGUGUGUGUGUGUGUGUGUGUGUGUGUGUGUGUUUCACACCUCUGUGUGUGGCACUCUCCAGACAGUGUCCAAAUAAUCUUAUUCAUUAUGAUCUAAAAAAGCCAAACUGAUCCCAGAUCCCAGCACUCUUACUCAGAGAGGCUUUGUGGACAGAGGUGAGCUUUGCUGCUCUCUCACCUGGCCAGGUGUGAUGGGCCAGUCUACAAUCCCCCUGGCCUGCUAUGUCCAGUGGGGAGGGGAAACUACUGAAGGAGUUAGACAUGUAGAGAGUUAGUCUGAGAAAGGGCUGUGAGAUGCUGAAAGUCACUAACAAAGUUUAGCCUGGGUGUUAUCUUCUAGUAUAUUGCCUUUCCAUUCCAGUAAUGUCAAAUCAAAUCAAAUCAAAUUUUAUUUGCCACAUGCGCCGAAUACAACAUGUGUAGACAUUAACGUGAAAUGCUUACUUACAGCCCUUAACCAACAAUGCAUUUAUUUUUUAGUAAAAUAAAACAACAACAACAAAAAAAGUGUUGAGAAAAAAAGAGCAGAAGUAAAAUAAAAUAACAGUAGGGAGGCUAUAUAUACAGGGGGGUACCGGUGCAGAGUCAAUGUGCGGGGUCACCGGCUAGUUGAGGUAAUAUGUACAUGUGGGUAGAGUUAAAGUGACUAUGCAUAAAUAAUUAACAGAGUAGCAGCAGCGUAAAAAGGAUGGGGUGGGGGGGCAGUGCAAAUAGUCAGGGUAGCCAUCAUUAGCUGUUCAGGAGUCUUAUGGCUUGGGGGUAGAAGCUGUUGAGAAGUCUUUUGGACCUAGACUUGCUCCGGUACCGCUUGUCGUGCGGUAGCAGAGAGAACAGUCUAUGACUAGGGUGGCUGGAGUCUUUGACAAUUUUGAGGGCCUUCCUCUGACACCGCCUGGUAUAGAGGUCCUGGAUGCAAAUUGGAGUGGGUCUAGGGUUUCUGGGAUAAUGGUGUUGAAGUGAGCCAUGACCAGCCUUUCAAAGAACUUCAUGGCUACAGACGUCAGUACUACAGGUCGGUAGUCAUUUAGGCAGGUUAUCUUAGUGUCCUUGGGCACGGGGACUAUGGUGGUCUGCUUGAAACAAGUAGUUCAUAAAAUGAGUCAACUGUAAUGAUGUGUAUCUUCCAGCAAUAUUGAUCCCUCUAUAUUCCUUUAUGUUAUUCCCCACAGAAAGGAUGAUGACCUUUGGGAGCAAACCACCCCCCAGCAAGCGCCCCCGCCAGUCAAGGUCUUCACCCUCCCCUGCCAGAUCCACUACCCCCACUGCUGUCUCUAAUGCUGUCUCUACUGAUGGUUCCAGCUCCACCACUCCACAAGGGCCUCACUCCUCUUCCACUAUGCCCACUGCUGGCCCUGGCUCCACUCCCCUCACAGCCAGUUCUUCUAGAGGUGGACACCUAGACUUCAACAGAGAAGAGGGAGGAGCAGAGGUAGGGGCACUGGAACCAGCACAACAGAGGGAGAUGAACCUGAGGACAGAUGGCAUACAGUCAUUGAAGAUGGUGUGGGGCCAGUACCACCCUGGUUCAGACCCAAACGACCUGUCGGCCCACAGUUGGACGGUACUCAAACAUACAUCUUCUUUCAGCUGUUUCAGCUCUACUUCACCACAUCUGUGCUGGGGACACUAGUUUCCAAUAGCAACAAGUUUGAGGACAAGAAGCAGCAUGGGGGAAGAAGAAGAUGCACUGGAAACAUGUCACCAUGGGCAACACGCUCUCGUACAUUUCCCUGGUGA